UUUACCAUGUAGACAUCAAUGAAAAACACACGAAUGAGUGAAAGUGAUUCGCUCGUGUGUUAAUGAGCUGGAAGCAUCACUGCAUCAUUGCAUAUUCUGAACAUCCUGCGUGUGUUAACUGUAGUAGUCGUGACACACGUAUCCUGAGGAAGACGCUCAUCGGGCAGGAACUGAUGUUUUUGACUGUAUUGAUUGUGGGCGGGGCUACAGACGAGCGGCUGAUCAUUGCGAUCACUGACUGAUGGCCGUCGGGAGCUUCUACUGAUUGAUCGCGAUGGAAUCGCUCAUUUGUCGUCUGCUGUUCUUCACGCUGAUCGCCCAUCAUGUGUGGUCUGCUGAUCAACAUGCCGGUGAGAGAUCAGCUAUCAACUUGUUUCGGUCUCGGCGGCGGGCCAACGCGCUGCUGCUGCGCUCCAGACGGGCCAACACGUUCCUGCUGGAGGAGAUCCUGCAGGGGAAUCUGGAGCGCGAGUGCUUCGAGGAGAGAUGCAAUAAAGAGGAGGCCAGAGAAUGCUUCGAGAACGACCAGAAGACAAAUGAGUUCUGGAAUAAAUACUACGACGGAGAUCAGUGUCGCUCGAACCCGUGUAAACACGGCGGCACGUGCAAGGACGGGAUCGGCGGUUACACCUGCACGUGCGCGGAGGCGUACAGCGGCAGCGACUGUCAAACCGAUAAAUCCCAGUGUCCGUCUGCCGGGCCUUUAGCGUGCGAGCACUUCUGCAAACUGACGACGGGCUCGUAUCGCUGCUUCUGCGCACGGGGAUACACGCUUCACAGCGACGGCAGGAGCUGCUCGCCUCAAGUUCAGAACCCGUGUGGGACGACGGAGACGUCCAGCUUCUGUCCUGAUGGAGGCUGCUCAUGGGAGGUGAAGUUCGUGAACGCCAGCGGUGAUGUCGAGUGUCACGGUGCGGUUCUGGGCCGCAAGUCUGUGCUGACGUCGGCCGCGUGUAUGUCUGCGCUCAAGGACCUGUACGUCACCGUCGUGGGCCGUCACUCGAGCGCAGCGCUGCGUAUCUCCAGCUGGACGCCUCACAAGCGCUACGCGUCCGGUCCGGAGGACAACCUGGCCUUCCUAGAGCUGAUGGAGCCCUUCCCACAGAACAUGUCGGUCGUCCCGCUCUGUCUGCCGGAGAAGGACUUCAGCGAGAACAUCCUGAUGAAGGACGGCCGAGAGGGCGUGGUCACGGGCGGAGCCAAACGCUCUUACCUCUCAUUGGACGACUGUCGUGACUCUCUCAACCUCACCUUCCUGAUGACCAAUAAGAUGUUCUGCAUGCAGAAGCCGCAGUCUGAGAUUUCCGCCCGGACCAAACUGAAGCGGUGUGACGUGAGGUCCGGGAGUCCCGUCGCGACGGUGGAGGGAAAGACGGCGUUCCUGACGGGCGUUUCUCUGUCCGCCGGACGCUGCGAAGACGGAAUGGUGUUCACCAAACUGUCCCGAUACCUGCACUGGCUGCGACCGCUGCUGCACGCCGCCGAGAAAGAACAACAACAGCGAUGAUGAAACGACACGAUACACCGAGAACACCAGAUGACGGAGAGAUCCACAGACACAUGAAAUUUACUGUACUGCAGUCGUGACAAUCACAACUAAUGAGCAAAAGAAAUACAAAAGAAAACAUCAACAUAAUUUAAAACUAUAAUUUUUAGGACAAAGUAAAUAAAGAUUGUUUUACAAAGAA